CCAGAGUCAACAAACUUCGUGUACAGCUGUGGAAAGUUUAUUUUCUUUCGCGCUUCCACGCUGUUCCUUCAGAGUCCUCGCACUCUUCUCCGGUGAAUCUAAGAUGGGGUUUUCUGAUAUCCUAGAUCAAAUUGGUGGCGUUGGACUCUUUCAAAUUAUUCAUGUCACUUUGCUGUCAAUACCGGGUCUUCUCAUGGCCAGCCAGAAUCUUCUGAAUAACUUCACAGCCGGUAUUCCGGGACAUCACUGUUAUGUGCCCAACGGGACCUCUUGGGCUCUCGACCAGAAUAUUUCCGUGUUGGAGGUUGAUGCUCCAGAGAUGCUCCAGGCUUAUAUCCCAAUGGACACUAACUCCAAGCCGUCAAAGUGCAGAAGAUUCAGAAAGGCGCAGUGGCACCUUGUAAUGGCCAAUAUGAGCGCCGUUCGUACGCACGUCAAUUUCACGGAAGCAGAAACGGAGACGUGCCAGGACGGUUGGACCUAUGACAGGACUGAAUUUGAUGCGACCAUAGUCUCAGAGUGGAACCUGGUGUGUACGCUCCGUCCCCUCAAACAGAUGAGCCAGACCAUUUACAUGGGGGGUGUCCUCGCUGGAGCCAUCAUUUUCGGGGGACUGUCGGACAAGUUUGGGCGUCGGGCUCUGCUGAUCUGGUCCUACUUCCAGCUGGCUACCCUGGGGACCUGUACGGCCUUCACCAACUCCUACCUGACCUACUGCAUCUUACGCUUCCUCACAGGCAUGGCCGUGUCCGGGGUGAUCCUCAACUCGGUCUCCCUCAAGGUGGAGUGGAUCCCCACCAAGUCCCGCACUGUCGUGGGCACCUUGUCCUCCUUCUUCUUCACGUUCGGACAGAUGAUCCUGGCGGGCGUGGCGUACCAGCUCCGAGACUGGCGCAAGCUGCAGGUGGCUGUGUGCGCCCCCUACUUCAUCUGCUUCCUGUACAGCUGGUGGUUCUCAGAGUCGGCCCGCUGGCUGAUUCUGAACCGCAGGUCAGAGGAUGCGCUCAAACAAAUCCACCGAGUGGCUCGCAUCAACGGAAAACCGGAGAUGGUCGACAAGAUCACCCUGGAGGUGCUGGAAUCUAACAUGCAGAAGGAGAUUCAGUCCAGCAAGUCCAUCUACACCAUGUAUGACCUACUGCGCACCCGAGUGAUGAGGAAGAUCUCUGUCUGCCUCAUGUUCGUUUGGUUCUCCACCAGCUUUGCUUACUACGGCCUGGCCAUGGACCUGCAGAAGUUUGGCGUCAGCAUCUACCUGAUCCAGGUGAUCUUCGGGGCGGUGGACAUCCCUGCCAAGCUGCUGGCCAUGACCUCCCUCAGCUUCCUGGGCCGGCCCAUCUCCCAGGCCGGCUGCCUGCUGCUCUCCGCCGCUGCCAUCUUCGCCAACAUCUUCGUCCCCUCCGAUAUGCAGACCCUCCGGACCACUUUUGCUGUUUUGGGGAAAGGGCUCACCUCGGCCUCCUUCACCUGUGUGUACCUGUUCACAGGAGAGCUGUACCCCACUGUCAUCAGGCAGACAGGUAUGGGGUUUAGCUCCACCAUGGCAAGGGUGGGCUCCAUGGCUGCCCCAGCAGUGCUGAUUCUGGACGAGUUCCUGCCCACGCUGCCCAGUGUCGUGUACGGGGGGUCAGCUGUGGUGGCCGGGGUAAUCUCCCUCUUCCUCCCCGAAACCCUCAACGUGCCCCUGCCGGAGACCAUCGAUGACGUGGAGGAGAAAUGGGGGACACAGAAGCAGACGUCGCAGACCAUGAAGGAGACAGUAGCGUUGCAGGACAUGAAGGAGGGUGAGGAUGGAAAAUCCACUGGCCUGGAUGCUCUCUAACACACUGCGGACUUCGAUGCACCGUUUGCCCUGCAACAGACACACUGGACGCACCUUCAGACAAUGCACUGACUUCAACAAUGGUGCGACCCAGCACACUAUACCCACCACACAAUCAAGCAAGCACACAACAGGACAGAACACGCAUGCCUCGCUUCCGCUUUUCAUGGGAAGAACACAGAAAUGCCUUGUGUUCCCUGUGUCUACCACAGGGUGGCGCCACACAUCUGAGAGCGGAGAUGAGAUGUUAUGUUUUUUUCCUCCCGUGUAGAGCUUGCUGUAGAAUGAGCCCUCUGGUGCAAGUUAUCUGCCAUGAUGUUUAUAGCAGUUGAGAGACUACCCUUUUAAUUGCAGGGGAGUACAGGUCAAAUAUAUAAUACAUAAGAAUGACAUAAUAAUGAUAUUAUAAUUAUACAUAUUAUAUAUCAUAAUAUUUAUGUGUGCUCCCCUGUUGUUGUUCAGAUGGAUGAUAUUAUUAGUACUGCUAGCAUUAAUCAUUCGUUGUCACUGGACUUGCAACAAGGAUCUAUUUUUAUUUGGUUUGUUUUUUGUUUGCCACUGUAAUUCUUAAUGUUCUGUGCAAAAACAGUAAUUCCAGCAGACUAAAUACAGGUGUCCUGAACUUUAUCAUAACCCCCUGCCGUAUGUUGCACCCCUUCCUCAAUUUCUCCAAAUUACCUGGCUCCAUGGUAACCGUUCCCAUGGUUACGUUGUGAUGACAGCUUUGAUGUGUUUCUGUGCCUGUUGUACUGGAAACCUGGAAUAAUGAUGUGUGUAUGUUCGCCUUGGAUCUCAAGUUACAAUCCAGUGAUCAUAGCACUAGAAAAUGUGAAAGAGUAAACCUUUUAAACAGAUUUGUUUCAUAAGAUGAUUAAUGGCAUAUAUAGACAAUUAUGACACAAGUUAAACUAACCUAAAUAGCAAAAGAUUUUACAUUAAUUUUCUGUAACAUUCGUUGGAUGCAUGGAGUGUGGUUGAGGUCCCCUUGAACUAUGAACUAUUGAACUAUGAUAUCACAUUGUGGUGAAGAACAACAGAUCAAUCUCAGUGACGUGUAGUUCACUAUGAUUGCAAUGUCAAGCUUUAAGACCUGCAACCUUCAUACUGAAUAAUGCCUGCAUCUCUGUCGCAGUUACAGAAGCAUUGACGUUGUGAACAAGAUGUUUAUAUCAGUUUGAAACCACUGCACUUUUUUUGUCUGCAGUGGUUUCAAACUGAUAUAAAGGAGGACGUUUUAUAGAAAUGCUCCAACUGGGAAGUUAGUUAUGCAGCAUAACAAAUUAAUCUGCAUAUACAUAUUUAUACAGCAAUUAUUAAAGAAAAUGUUCCUGUUGCUUUUGUUUAAUUUCACAGUUUACAAAAUUCCGAAGUCUCACUUUAAUUUCAAUCAAAACAAAUUUUGCUUUUAAUUUUGUUUAGGUUGACAAUUUAAUAUGGUAUAUUCUUUUGUAUUAGAUAGUCUUCCCCUGGCGAAUCAAACUGUUAUGCAUUACAUAGUUUUGUAAAUGUGAUGUGUACAUUUUUAAAUGAUUUUAAAAAUAUAUUAUCUCUUGGGUUGCUGCAAUUUAAUUAACUGUUUUAGAAAGAGGAUGUUUAAAUAUUUUUAGAAUGUUUUAGCCAGCAUUGUGUUUAUUGUCAAUCAAAUUUGUGUACCAUUAAAAAAAUUAAAUAAUAAA